ACUCCGCGGCCAUGUUGUCUUGGACUGCCGCACCGCACCUGAAAGCAGGAUAUUGGUAACCUGACGCCUCUACCUGUUUACCGCCUCCACCACAGUGACUAGUGAUGGACUGUGAGAGCUUCAGAGGCAGGGGACGUUAGUACGACGUAGGUGGCAGUAUCAACAGGACUCCGGACAAAAGUCCACGUAAAUUAGUCUUACCUCUACCUUCACAUGAGUUUCUACUUGUUAUUGGGACUUUAAUUGUUACAGAAUUUCGCCUGGAAAGCACUUCGUGCUGACAUCUAUCAUAACCACCGAACUCAGCAUUGCAGUGGGAGCUAACAAAGCCAAAUGAAGAUCUAAUGCAAAAGGAGAACCACUUUCUGUCUGCCUUUAGUCUCCAACUGAUACAUGUGUACCACAUCACAAGGAGGGUACAAGAAGAUGCCCGUUCAGAUACCAGACGAUACAGACUUUACCUCUUUCAAGGAACAAUGUGAAAACCAGGAAGGAUGGACAGCGCGCUACAACAAGGGAAACGUGACGGUGUGGUGCAGGGAUGAAGAGUGUAAAACGAUCCAGAAACUAAAGAUGAGGAUAGUGUGUAAGGACGUGACUGCCGAGACCCUUUACGACGUCCUUCAUGACACCAGCUACCGGAAGAACUGGGACAGCAACAUGAUCGAGACCCACGAUAUCGGCAGGCUCACUGUCAACGCAGACGUAGGAUAUUACUCCUGGAAGUGCCCGAGCCCCCUGAAGAACAGGGACUUUAUCACUAUGAGAUCGUGGCUUCCUCUGGGCAACGACUACCUGAUCAUCAACUACUCUGUCAAACACCCGCAAUAUCCACCCAGAAAGGACUGCGUGAGAGCAGUGUCUCUACUGACAGGAUACCUGAUUCAGUCCAACGGAGAAAACUCCUCCACUCUCUAUUACCUGACGCAGGUCGAUCCCAAAGGUUCCCUUCCCAAGUGGGUGGUGAAUAGAGCGUCUCAGUUCGUAGCACCGAAGGCCAUAAAGAAGAUCUACAAGGCCUGUCAGAAGUAUCCAGAGUGGAAGAGGAAGCACAACCCUAACCUGAAGCCCUGGAUUUAUCCCGAGCAGAACACCUUACCGUGUAUUAACGUGUCUGACCUUGUACUACAGAGAGCCGACUCACUGGAGAACAUUGAUGAGAGCAGCCUGACGGAGGAGAAACAGGCACAACGUCACAGCGAUGACGAAGAGACCUAGUCUGAGUGAAGAAACUGUUUGUAUGUAAUUGUGUGGCUGUGUUUAAAAUGGCACCCUAUUCCCUAUAUAGUGUAUUACUUUUGUGCAGGGCCCAUUAGGCCCUGGUCAAAAGUAGUGCACUACUACCUAUAGGGCUCUGGUCAAAAUUAGUGCACUAUACAGUACAGGAAA